AUGUCGAAUACACAUAUAUCUUCAUCAUUUUUGGCAGCAACUGAAAUUGUUACAAUUCAAAUGACAUAUUAUGGACCAAUUAUUCUUUUAACUAUUGGGAUAUUUGGUUGUUUAUGUAAUUUUUUAACAUUUACAUCACGACAAUUACGUGAAAAUUCUUGUGCAUUUUACUUUCUUUGUUCAGCUAUAUUUGAAUUUUUAUCCAUUACAUUUGGACUUAGUACUCGUUUAGCUGCUGAUCAUUUCGGUUAUAAUUUACAAAAUAGAAAUCGAAUGUUUUGUAAAUUUCGUGCAUAUUAUGUUUCCAGUAUACCAUUAAUUGCCACUUAUUUUAUAUUAUUAUCAGCUAUUGAUCGAUACAUGUCAUCCUCAGCUGAUGUUUAUUUACGUUCAUUUAGUAAAAUAAAAGUAGCUUAUCGUAAUGUUAUAAUUUUUAUUAUUAUUGGUUUAAUAUCUUGUUCUCAUAUUCUUAUUUCAUAUGAUCUUCGACCAAAAUGUGCAACUUCACCUGGUAUUUAUGCUGUAUUUGAUAGUAUGUUUGUUAUAUUAUGGCUUGGACUUAUUCCUCAUAUCUUAAUGUUAACAUUUGGUUUUCUUACUUUAACAAAUAUAAGACGAACGAGACAGCGAAGAAUAGUUAAAGCACAAAUUAAAAAUAUCAAUAUUAAUCAAAAUCAAUAUCGAAAAAAUUAUAAAACAGAUAGACAAUUGAUUUUAAUGAUGUUAGUUCAAAUUGGUCUAAGUUCAUUAUUAAGUUUAACUCGAAUGAUUUAUUAUGCAUAUUAUAUUCAUGGACCACUAUUUACUGGUGAUAAUAAAGUGAUAGGAUCAUUUUUAAUGUCAUUGACUACACUGCUCUAUUAUACUAAUUAUGUAAAAUCAUUUUAUAUUUAUACAUUAACAAGUCAGUUAUUUCGAUCAAUUUUUAUACAAAGAAUAAAAGAAUGUAUUCAGAAAAGAUUUGAAUUAAAUACGCCGAUAAUAAUGAUUGAUUAA